AAGGUUCAUUUCAGGCUUACGGUUUGCUUUUGUUUUGCUUUGCUAUACAGCUCCAGAAUGGCAGAAGAGGAUCCGUAUUUGGGAGGGCAUGAACAAAUGUUUCAUUUGGAGCCUUUGAAUCAUACAAUAUUUAACUCAGAAAUAUUUCAACCAGAGAUGCCAAUGCCAACAGCAGAUGGCCCAUACCUUCAAAUAUUAGAGCAACCUAAACAGAGAGGAUUUCGUUUCCGUUAUGUCUGUGAAGGCCCGUCCCAUGGCGGACUCCCUGGUGCAUCUAGUGAAAAGAACAAGAAGUCCUACCCUCAGGUCAAAAUCUGCAACUAUAUGGGACCUGCAAAGGUUAUUGUUCAGCUGGUCACAAAUGGGAAAAGCAUCCACCUGCAUGCACACAGCCUGGUGGGGAAGCACUGUGAGGACGGGAUCUGCACCGUGACUGCUGGACCCAAGGACAUGGUGGUCGGCUUUGCAAACCUAGGUAUACUUCAUGUGACAAAGAAAAAAGUAUUUGAAACACUGGAAGCUCGAAUGACAGAUGCAUGCAUUAGGGGCUAUAAUCCCGGACUUUUGGUGCAUCCUGAACUUGCCUAUUUGCAAGCAGAAGGUGGAGGAGACCGGCAGCUCACAGAUCGGGAAAAGGAGAUCAUCCGCCAGGCAGCUCUUCAGCAGGCAAAGGAGAUGGACCUCAGCGUGGUGCGGCUCAUGUUUACAGCUUUCCUCCCCGACAGCACCGGCAGCUUCACCAGGCCCCUGGAACCCGUGGUAUCAGAUGCCAUCUACGACAGCAAAGCCCCCAAUGCGUCCAACUUGAAAAUUGUACGAAUGGACAGGACAGCUGGAUGCGUAACUGGAGGGGAAGAGAUUUAUCUUCUCUGUGACAAGGUUCAGAAAGAUGACAUCCAGAUUCGAUUUUAUGAAGAGGAGGAAAAUGGUGGAAUCUGGGAAGGAUUUGGAGAUUUUUCCCCAACAGACGUGCAUAGACAAUUUGCCAUCGUCUUUAAAACACCGAAGUAUAAAGACGUCAAUAUUACCAAACCAGCCUCCGUGUUCGUCCAACUUCGGAGGAAAUCUGACUUAGAAACGAGCGAACCAAAACCUUUUCUGUACUACCCUGAAAUCAAAGAUAAAGAGGAAGUGCAGAGGAAGCGGCAGAAACUCAUGCCCAAUUUCUCGGAUAGUUUCGGCGGUGGUGGCGGUGCCGGGGCAGGAGGUGGAGGCAUGUACGGCAGUGGCGGUGGAGGAGGGGGCGCUGGAACCACUGGUCCAGGGUAUGGCUUCCCCCACUAUGGAUUUCCAACAUACAGUGGAAUUACCUUCCACCCUGGAACCACUAAAUCUAAUGCUGGGAUGAAGCAUGGAAUCAUGGACACCUCAUCUAAAAAUGACCCUGAAGGUUAUGACGAGAGUGACGGCAGAGGGGCUAUAAGUCUCUCUGGGAAAGUCACUGAAACCACAGAACCAGAUAAGGGGUCUGGCCAGAGGGACGAGGAGGGUACUCUGACGUAUCCGGUGGGAGUAAAGAAAGAGAAUUCCAGGUUUCAGGACAACCUCUUUCUGGAGAAGGCGCUGGAGCUCGCCAAGCGGCAUGCCAACGCCCUGUUUGACUACGCAGUGACCGGAGACGUGAAGAUGCUCCUGGCUGUCCAGCGCCAUCUCACUGCUGUGCAGGAUGAGAAUGGGGACUGUGUCUUACACUUAGCAAUCAUCCACCUGCAUGCUCAGCUUGUGAGGGAUCUGCUGGAAGUCACGUCUGGUUUGGUUUUGGAUGACAUUAUCAACAUGAGAAAUGACCUCUACCAGACGCCCUUGCACUUGGCCGUGAUCACCAAGCAGGAGGCUGUGGUGGAGGACUUGCUGAGGGCUGGGGCCGACCUGAGCCUUCUGGACCGCUUGGGAAACUCUGUUUUGCACCUUGCUGCCAAAGAAGGACAGGAAACGAUCCUCGGUAUUUUACUCAAGCACAGGAAAGCAGCUCUGCUGAUCAACCACCCCAACGGGGAAGGUCUGAACGCCAUCCACAUAGCCGUGAUGAGCAACAGCAUGCCCUGUCUGCUGCUGCUGGUGGCCGCAGGGGCGGAUGUCAACGCGCAGGAGCAGAAGUCGGGCCGCACCGCGCUGCACCUGGCUGUGGAGCACGACAACAUCUCCUUGGCCGGCUGCCUGCUCCUGGAGGGUGAUGCCGAUGUAGACAGUACCACCUAUGAUGGAACGACACCCCUGCACAUAGCGGCCGGGAGAGGCUCCACCCGCAUGGCGGCUCUUCUCAAAGCAGCAGGAGCAGAUCCCCUGCUGGAGAACUUUGAGCCUCUCUAUGACCUAGAUGACUCGUGGGAAAGGGAUGGAGAUGAUGAAGGGGUUGUGCCUGGAACCACACCUCUGGAUAUGGCCACCAACUGGCAGGUAUUUGACAUAUUAAAUGGGAAACCAUACGAGCCCGAGUUUACAGCUGACGAUUUACUGGCACAAGGAGACAUGAAGCAGCUGAAUGAAGAUGCAAAGUUGCAGCUCUACCAGUUGCUAGAAUUUCCCGAUCCAGACAAAAACUGGGCCACUCUGGCACAGAAAUUAGGUCUGGGGAUACUCAAUAAUGCCUUCCGGCUGAGUCCUGCUCCUUCUAAAACUCUCAUGGACAAUUACGAGGUCUCUGGAGGGACAGUACGAGAGCUGCUGGAGGCCCUGAGACAGAUGGGCUACACUGAGGCCAUCGAGGUGAUCCAGGCAGCCUUCUGCACCUCGGGGACGGCAGCCCCCGGCCCCGGGAAGGCCACCACGCAGGCCCACUCCCGGCCUCUCUCACCUGCCUCCACAAGACAGCAGAUAGACGAGCUGCGAGAUGACAGCAUCUGUGACAGCGGCGUGGAGACAUCCUUCCGCAAACUCAGCUUCACAGACUCUCUGACCGGCGGCAGCUCACUGCUCACGCUUAACAAAAUGCCCCACGAUUACGGGCAGGAAGGACCUAUCGAAGGCAAAAUUUAGCCCUCGCAACUUCCAACACCCUGUAACCAAAGUUCUGCAAUUCCACUGGGUUUGCCGAAGGAAGGAAGGGAAGUGCGUCCCGGGGUGCUCCGAGGAACACCGGCCGGCCUGGGUGGUUCUGGACUGGACUCCAGGCCUCGGAAAGAAACCUGGCUGCCUCUUAUGGUUCUUGAAAGAAUUUCAGUUCGGCUCACUGGCAGGUAGCAGCUAGCAGCCACAGCCACAGCCUUUGGUGGGGCUGGUGCCUCUGGGGAGGGGAGGCGCCUUACCAGCUGCUUUCCCUGCCGUCACCGCUGCCCCUCUGCUGCGCGCCCGCUGUCACUGAAAGGCUAACGGUCCCCACCCGGUGUUCUUCCUAGCUGUCCACGGCACAGUCGUGCUUUCAGAUUAAGAAUUAAGAGAAUUCUUAAUAUUUUAUCAAGGAUAUUUUAAAUGGGGUAUUUUGAAAUGAGGGUCAGUAUAUAAUUAAAAAAUGCUUCCUGCUUUUU